AUCAUGCGUUCGGUUGCUUGGGUUGAUCGGGUGUAUGUAUGUUUGUUUGUGUGUGAGUGUGAGAGAGAGACUUACGUUUACAGAACUAGUAACAAAGACUAGUUUCGCGUGGGAGACAUUCCACUCAGACUUGACCGACCGUUUGACUCAUCUGUCACCAAAAUGUCGUCUGGCGUCGUUUUAUAAUAUCCUGAAUGUCGAUGGGGCUUGCAAGUGCUUAAACCUUCACUAUUUUUUUUCGCAGCAGUAAGGUAAUAGUGACGCUCCCUACCAGCAGCAGCCUUCCCAGAACUCUAUCAUGGCCAUCUAAUAGACAACUGGGAAAACCUACCCUCAGGUCUGUGGCCAGCUCGUCUGAACAGAGACGAAUACUUCUGGAAGGAACCAGCAAGAAAAGAAUGACCGAUUGUAUUGACAACUUUGAAGACUGCUUUUAAAGAUAGGUAACUAAUGGAGGUAAAAGCCAUUGUGAUCUUGUCUAAGGGCUUGAUCAUAGGACAUUCACACUUUUACGAAGGGUCAACUUGAAGCAAAGGGAUGCUGAGUGCCUGUUACACAACUUGUAAUGUGGGCACUGUUGUGUGGCUCAGGGACUUGAAGCCAACGGUAGCCGCCAUAUUGGAACUUCUAGUGCGAUGGCUUCAGCAAGUUCUGUCACUGCACGCAGUGUCUAUUCAGUAAUUUCAAAUCAGCUUGUCAGCAGCUUUGCCUUGAAGUACCCGUAAUGUCAGUGCGUAGAUCUUCAAGUAAACAAGUGACUCACUCUGCAGUUAUUGAUUCUUAUUUGAUCUCCAGUUGACAGACCGUUGUUUCUUGUCAACAAGAUAUCUGGCGCACGGCCUUCCCUCCAAUCCCUUGAGAAACAGACUAACACAUUCACUGUAAUGAUAAUUUAUAUUUGCAGAAAAGAUUAUGAUAAAACUUUAGAUCGUCUUUGGCGGGUGCUGAACAAUGGAAUGUUAUCCGGGAGUACAUCCGGGUACUAGUCGUCUGUGUUAUUGUCUUUUUUGUUAAAAGCUCGCUUAGAACAACUGCAUUCUCGCAGCUUGUUUGCCGAAGACGCGACAUUUUGCUCAUAAAUCAAAGGACACUAAACAUUUACAAGUAUAAAAGUGUAGGAAUUUAGGGCGCCGGCAACAAGGGUGACAAGAAACACACGAGUGUGAGAGGGUGCAAAGGGCAUGAACAGCAAACCACAAUGCUUCAAGCAAUCAGUCACAUGCACAACACCUGAAGUAGUUUCCGGGAAGUUUAUCCUUGUUUUAAAUUUUUUUUAAUGUUUUUAAAUGUAUUUAAACAUUUAAUAGUAAUUUAUUUACCAUGAUGCCUGUCAUUUAACUUUUCUACCGGAAAUACAAUCCUUACUAGUUCGGCUGCUUGACUAACUGUAAGUUUUGUUUCAUCCACCUAACAGUGCAGACUUGAGCAAAUCCCUGCAAGGUGUGUCAAGAGCUGUCAGUAGGUCGGAGUGAGUAAACGAAGCAUUUUCCAUUUAAACAUUUCUAGUAGGUAUCCCUGUCCUCCAAACCCGGUACUGCGUGCUACAAGGGUCCUCCAGGUGACGAGAAGAGACUUUGUUGCCCUUGUCUUAGAUUUCAGCCCCACAGUCCAAAGGGUGACCAAACUCGCCAACAAGCGAUCGGACUAUCUGUCUCGCAGAAUAAAUAUCCAGGGUAUGCCGACGGCAGUCAUACAGGUGAGUCGACUUUCUUUUCGCGUGCCGUUGUCUUGCUGACCUCCUCUGACUGACCUUUCACAGUCACUUUUGUGGGUUCCACCUUGUAACUGGGAUAAACCACUAAGACAUGGAUAGUGUACGCACCACAGAUGUAACAGUGAUCCUUCGAAUAUUCAAUGCAUUGUCGGUUACAGUAGGUCAAAACAACCAAAACAAAAACAAAAACAAAAACAACACCAACACCAACAACAACAACAACAACAACAACAACAACAACAAUAAACAGAAGAAUUGGGGGCAGCUUCGCAGACCAUGACAUUGAUUUCUAAGUAACAGUCACAGAGAAAAUUACCCCAAACAUUUAUUUUUUUGUGAUAUUUGCAAAGGAAAAAGCACGUACCUUGAAUUAUCGUGUAACUAUUUAAGCUCAUUGCAGCAAGCAUUCAACUGUACUCGAGUAUUAAAGCGGGUAGAUGUACGUUGCCAGGCUGCAAUAGUUGACAGCAUGGUUGUUAAGUAUGGAACAACCUUAAACUGAUAAAUGCACUGCGAUCAUUCACACCAACACACACACACAGAGUGUGGACCAAGACGGAAUACCCGUAAUAAAACCACCGACCGCGAGUUCUGUGGUUGAUCAGGUGUCACAUAUUGUAUCCGAGCAGGACCCACGAUACCCGAUUCUCAGUCAUGGAUACAGGCGGUCUAGCCCUUGCGCCACCAAGCGUCCCACACGUUCAGAGGAACAUAAUAAAUACGAGGAAAAUUAAAACUCGAGUACGCGAAGGACACACGACUGACACUUUCAGACACUCGUUUCCUAAUUGUUUGUUCCCACUGAAGUAAGCUGAAAGACCAGUGUAAAUAGCCUACAACGUUAAGCUCGUGAGUGCGAGAGCAGCCAUCUUUGAUACAUCGGCUCUAGACUUGGAAUGGUGGGACGAAGAACCACGAAGAAGGCGAUCGCGGUGGGCGCUGUGGUUUUGUUGUUUCUUCUGCUGGCUGGUCGACACGUCUUGUUUGCAGGGAAACGCCUGAUUACGAAAACUGAGGACCCCUCGGACGACGAGCAGAAGACGACCGUCGGCAAAACAAAAGCUCAUGCCAAACCUCGCACUGCCACAACAACAACAACAACAACAACAACAACAGUAGCGGCACCAGUCCAGGACCAGCUGGAGAAGUCAUCACGUGACCUUUACCUCAAACGACGCCAGACGGCUGAUGACGCCUGCUUCCUGUUUGCCGGCGGUCAGGUGGACCGUGCUGUGGAGCACAACGGCACUGGUGCUGCCACCUGCCUCACACCUAAGGUGGGUUGCACCUACUGGCUGAGCAUCUUCCGUUGGCUGCACAACGACACAGGGGGCAGGACCUUUGCGACACCUUUUGAGAUUCCCAGGUACCAGGUGCACUACAAACCAAAGAACAUGAAAUUUCACAGGUUCAGCAUUACCAACACUCCGGCCUUUUUCGGGGAGCGCUUCCGGUUUAUGUUUGUCCGCGAGCCUUACAGCCGCCUGUGGUCCGCCUACGUGGACAAGUUCCUGUUGCCGGACCACUGGGAUGCCGAUGGCUGGCGGAUUCUGCGCCUGAGGCCUGGCUACAACCAGUCGGAGAAACACUGCGCCAACGACAUCUCCUUCGUGGAGUUCGUCGACUACGUGACCAAGACGGCGCCGGAACAGAUCGGAGACCAUUACCGACCGUACAACUACCUCUGCAGCCCCUGCGUCUUUCGUCCCCACGUGGUGGGCAAGCUGGAGACGUUUGCACACGACACUCACUACAUCCUGACCCGCAUGAACCUGUCGCGGCUGGCCAAUCAGCUCUCAGACUCGGAGCAGCACGCGAGGCACGAAAUGAAGAUGCUGAUUGACGACUGUUACCACGAGCUGCUGCACGCCUUCUACCACAACUGCACCAACACCACAGACGUGGCCCGCCGCCUGUGGAGAGCCUUUCAGAUCAACGGUUACUUGCCGAGAAGCGCGGAGUUUCCGUGGGCGGGUAGGACCCGGGUGGAAGCAGGCGAGCUCAAGGUCCUGGUGUUGAAGACCUACCGGGAGAGGCAGCCAAGGAACAAAAGCUUCUGGAAAGCCCAGAAGGAGCAGGAGAUGGCGGAGGCCUACCGGGAUGUGUCAGACUGUGUCAUGGAGAAACUUCGCACCUUGUACGCGGCGGAUUUCGCCAUGUUUGACUAUGACCCCUUGCCGGACCUCCUGUACCGACAUCGACAGACUUGUCGUCAAAGGACCACAUAAACCGUUCCUGGUAAUCUCCCUUCAUUUGUGGUCGUUUCCCUUGGUUGUGAUUUUCAUCGCCUGUUGCCAGCUUCAUUAUCAUUUCGGCUUAUCAUAGAAGACUAACCAAAACUCAGGGAUACAGCUGUCAGUAAUGAAUGAGUACACCAACACCAGAGAAGGGUGGGAAAACAUCCACCUGUUUGAAUGUCUUAAUUUCUUUGAAUUUGCUUCAGCUAACGAGUGACGUUCCAGAUGGACAUAUCAUGCAUGGCCAUGACUUGAAGACGAGUAUGGAUAAGCGUCUGGCAGCACCGAAACAUUGACCUCCAGGUGAGGAGGUCAAAGACAAAAGGGAGAGAAAUACUAGUGGCAGGCUAACACAGGCAUAACUUGCAAACUUCUCAAACCUAACCACCACCCUAGAGAAUGAACACAUGAGACAAGGGGGAGAAGUAGUUAUGUCCCAAAGUCUCAAUCACUUGUUAUUGGUGUUCAUGCAUGUGUGUGUGCGCGUGAGUACAUGCGAGAUCAAAAUGUGUACAUUGCUUUCUUGUUUGUACAGAGCUGUUGUUUGAUAUUAGUAUUAUUAGUAUCACGAUAACAAUUCAUUCGAAAUAUGUCAAAUAUGUGAAUUGCUUGAGUGUAUGAGUUCUGUUUUGUGUUGGAUUUCCCAGCGCGUAUUCAUUCACAGGCACACACACACACGCGGAGCUAAAAGCAUUCGUUAUUCAAUGCACACAACAUAAACAAGUAGACCAAAGAAGUCGGCAAGAUUCAUCAUCUUUAUUUGACUAUGACAAGGAUCACUGUACUGAUGGCAGACAUCAGUUAGUUUCGCUGCACAUCCUGUUAGUUUGUGUUCACAACAAUGUUCACAUGUCAUGAUGUCAAAGGGGUUUCGGAUUUAUUUUGAAAUACCUAUUGUUAUAUUCUUCU